AUGCUCGACGAAGACAAACAAAAUUUCUUGAAGAAGACAAACUUCUACACAUUUAUAGCUGUAAAUCCACAUAAAUUCAUGAAGACAAACGAACGGAAUGCCAGAGACUCACAAACAGCUGCUAGAAGCAAAAUUAUUGGUGAACUUGUAGCUUUAGCUUUUAACAUGAAGACUACUUUGGACGGCGAUGAAAUAAAAAAGCGUUUUAUUUUAAACAAAAUUUGCAUAUUUCGUUUUAAUAAAAAUAAAAUGCAACUUGGAAUUAUUAAACAGAAUGAAACUGAAACAGCGAGUUAUAAGCGCCUUUGA